AUGAAGACAUUGGAAACACAAGUGGGUCAAUUGGCCAAUACUAUGAAGACAAAAAUGUCUAGAUCUUUUCCAAGUGAUACGGAGAAGGAUCCAAAAGAGUGUAAUGCAAUUACUUUGAGGAGUGGAAAAGAAUUGGACACUCUUACAGUUCGGAAGAACAAGGUCGAUGAGAUCCCAAUGAAUGGUGAGAAAGAAGAAGACAAAUUUCACAAGAAGGAAAUUGAUGAACAAUUUGCAAAGUCCUUGGAUAUUUUCAAGAAAAUACAUAUUAACAUUCCUUUUGUAGAUGCUCUUGAACAAAUGCCAAACUACGCUAAGUUUAUGAAGGAGGUGAUGUCUAAGAAUUGUAAGUUAGAAGAGUGUAGUGCCAUUAUAAAGAUACAAGUACCGAAAAAGUUGAAAGAUCCGGGAAGUUUUACAAUUCCAUGUGUUAUUGGAGUGCUACAUAUUGAGAAGGCCUUGUGUGAUUUGGGUGCUAGUAUCAAUCUAAUGCCUUUCUCUGUCUUUUGGAAACUCAAUCUUGUAGAGGUCACACAAACUACUAUUUCCUUACAAUUGGCAGAUCGUUCUUUGACGUAUCCUAGAGGUAUCAUUGAAGAUGUUCUAGUGAAGAUUGAUAUAUUCAUUUUUUUGGUUAAUUUUUGUGUGCUUGACAUGGAGGAAGACCAAGAAAUUCUAAUAAUCUUGGGAAGACCUUUUCUAGCAACCGGGAAAGCUUUGAUUGAUGUUCAUGAUGGUAACUUGACUCUAAGGGUGAAUGGUGAAGAAGUAAAGUUCAACAUUAGUAAUGCCAUUAAGUUUCCCAAGGAUCAAGCGGAUUGUAAGAGAGUGGAUGUAGUUAAUCCAUGCUUAAGAGACUUUUUCAAGACUAUGUUUCAUAAGGAUCCUUUGGAACUAUGUUUGACAACGCCGAUUUCUAAAGAGGACCUUGGAGUGGAUUUAGGAAUGAAUGAUAUGGAGGUGGUUGAUAGUGUCUUUGCUUUAGAAGCAUUACCAAUAGAAAAGGAGGUGUCAAAGAAGGAAGAUAUCUAUAAGGCUCCAACUCUUGAUAAUAGCUUGGAGAAAAAGAAUACUACUAGUGAUGUGCUUGUUUUGAAGCAAUUACCCGUUCAUCUUCAGUGUGCAUUUUUGAGAGAUGGAUCUACCAAACCUAUAAUAAUUUUCGCAUCAUUGAAUGAAGAAGAUGAAAGGAAGUUGUUAGAAACUUUAAGAGGUAUUCAUCCGCCUUUGCUUGGUCAAUUUUAG